CGUUCACCCUGCUUUCUCGCCACAGAUGCUAUCAGACUUGCUGAGUUCCUCGAGCAAUUUCUGAUUUUGUCUAACAUUUUAAACUUGUCCUGCAAGCUGAAGUCUUUGCGUGCGUAAAACCCUUGUAACGUGGCUAAAAUAAAUCGAGGUAAAGUGUCUGACACUUUGUGUAUGAUGCUCAUUGCACACACAUAUCCACGUAUAAAUCUGGACGCUGCAGCCUCUCAUUUUGUUCCUCAGACUGCGCUACCGGUGUAAUCUCCUCCACACACACAGAAAGGAUGGUCAAAAAUGGAGGCGGAGGCGUGAGAUGGCGGGUCUAUUACCCGUCGUGCCCCGCGGCGGGGAAAGCCCUGCAUGCUCGGCAGCGGGUGCCCGUACGCAUGCGCGACGCCGGGAAAGAAGGGAGGGAGGGAGAAGAGGGGUGGCGCCGGGCAUGCGCAGACCGGGCGAUGGCGAUGGCGACGGCGAAUCGUUUGUUAGUGUCUGUGCGGCUGCAAUUAGGUCUCCCCUCAUUCUUCUAAACUCCAGAGUGUAUCGGCCUAAACUCCUUAACAUCUCUUCAGAAGACAAACCCCUCAUGGCUGGAAUCAACCUGGUGAACUGCCUCCAAUACAACUACAUUCCUCCUCAAGGAGAGGACUCACAGAUGGGGAACCCGGACUUGACCCCCCGCCCGGCCGAGAGUCACCCGGCUCAGCAGGACCCGAUCGCCGUCGGUGAGGCGGAAGGCAACCGCAGCCUGCCCCGUGCGGAAAAAGCGUUCGCCUGCUCCGGCUGCGGCCGGGGCUUCCGCCGGUCGUGCGACCUGGGGCGGCACCGGUGCCACCGGGCGCGGCCGUGCGAGUGCCGGGACUGCGGGAGGGGCUUCAGUUACCCCUCGGAGCUGGAGGCCCACCGGCGGGCGCACACCGGCGAGCGGCCGUUCGCCUGCCCGCAGUGCGGGAAGGGCUUCGCCCGCUGGUGCAACCUGCGGGCCCACCAGCAGGUCCACCGCCGCGGGGGCAGGCCGUUCGCCUGCCCGCAGUGCGGGCGCGGCUUCCUGCGGCCCUCGCACCUGCUGCAGCACCGGCGGGUGCACACCGGCGAGCGGCCGUACCCCUGCGGCGAGUGCGGCCGGGGCUUCGGCCAGUCCUCCGACCUGCUGAAGCACCGGCGGGUGCACACCGGCGAGCGGCCGUUCGCCUGCCCGCAGUGCGGGGAGCGGUUCACCCAGGGCUCGCACCUGCUGAGGCACCGGCGGGCGCACGCCGGCGAGCGGCCGUUCCAGUGCCCCGUCUGCGAGAAGCGGUUCACCCAGGCGUCCAGCCUGCUCAGGCACCGGCGGGCGCACGCCGGGGUGAAGCCCUUCGUCUGCUCGCUGUGCGGCCGGGGCUUCGCCGAGUCCUCCAUGCUGCUGAGGCACCAGCGGGUGCACACGGGCAAGGAGUCGGUGCACCCCCCGCUGCAGUGCUCCGAUUCUGCGGGCGGAGCCUCGCCUCGUCAGCUUCACGACUGAAUGCCCCCCCACCACCCACCACCACCAACCCGAGGGGCUCGUCUUGACUCGGCGGCGCUGCCUGGCCUGGGACAAGACAGAUUCGAGGAGAAAGUGAGGUCUGCAGAUGCUGGAGAUCAAAGUUGA